AAGCAGCCAGUGCUGCAAGCAGACUUGCUGAAAGCUCUGAGGACUUGAAGGUUUUCUGCAAUCUGUGGAGCAUCAAGAAUACAGAUAGAUGAAAUGCAUGUUGAUUCUAUUACUUGGAUGCUCUGUCAUGUAUUACAAUUUUUAAAGAGAAUUGUGCUUGAUCUGGGGGUACACUCACAGAAGGUCACAUAGGAUUAUGGUGGUUUUUUUGGUUCAUUGAAGACUGGAGUGGUAUCAGUUUUAGGAUUUAAAAAUUAUAUUUCAUGGGAAACAGCUGGUGCUUUGUGGAAGCCAUUGAACAUUCAUUUACUUUCCUCUGAAUGGAAUUUAAGUAUCUUCUUACUAUCAAGUGAGCAAGAACAUAUAUGCAAAAUUAAUUCAUUUUUCACAGUAAGAAAAGUGGAUAUAGUGCGUUAGGACAGUUGUAGGGACUUGGCACUGAAAAAGAGAUGCUUUUCCUCUCUUUUGUGAAAAAGCUAAGCAAAGACUGAGAACGGGGAAAAACAGCUGAUUUUUCUGUAAGUUUUCCAAUCCUAUAUUAAUGUACAAUAAGUUGUUUUUAUUGUGAUCUGCUGGGAGGGUGAUGUAUGAUGUGGACUGGAUUUUUCUCAUUCAUGUUUGUUGCGGUAAAACAUGCUGAGGAAACACUGUGACAUGGAGAAACAAGAAAUAUGGGAAAAGUAAUAGCAGGGCAGAGUCAUGUUUUUCCCCCUUCUUUCCUUUCCUGGGUAUAAUGAUUCAUGAGGUAGAGACAUGACAAGUCAAGCCUGCUUUCCGGGACACACAUUCUGUGAAGACUUUGCUGGGUACAAUCAGCUUGGCUUUAUUCACAAAAGCAGUUCUUUUGCCUGUACGCUCUGUUCAGUGGAAAGCAUUGGUUCAAUCAUGUGUGAUUAUUAGGUAGGGAGAAGGAAGAAAGAACACUCACCAUGGGGUACAAUGGAAGCUGGAUUUCAAGGAAUGAAAGUGACCAUGCCCUCUAUCAGGAUGUCACCAGAGCUUUAGAAAUUAAGAAUGUAUCUAAUACACAAAUUGUGUGGAACAAUAGAAGCUACAAUGGGAUCGGACCCUUAGAAAAUGGGGAGUACAGUGAGGAGCAAACCUACAGACAUUUCACUACCACUGUGCAAAUUGUCAUCUUUAUAGGCUCUCUGUUGGGAAACUUCAUGGUGCUGUGGUCGACCUGCAGAACAUCAGUAUUUAAAUCAGUAACAAACUGCUUCAUUAAGAAUUUGGCCUGCUCUGGGAUCUGUGCCAGUCUAGUCUGUGUGCCUUUUGAUAUUGUCCUUAGUGCCAGUCCACACUGCUGUUGGUGGAUCUACACCAUGCUCUUCUGUAAAAUUGUCAAGUUCUUGCAUAAAGUCUUCUGCUCAGUGACCAUCCUUAGUUUUCCUGCCAUUGCUUUGGACAGGUACUACUCAGUUUUAUACCCAUUGGAAAGAAAGAUAUCUGAUGCGAAGUCUCGAGACCUGGUUAUCUACAUCUGGGCCCAUGCCGUGGUGGCCAGCAUUCCUGUAUUUGCUGUGACCAAUGUUUCUGAUAUUUAUGCCAUGUCCACCUGCACAGGAUCCUGGAGCUACUCCCUAGGUCACUUGGUGUAUGUCAUUAUUUAUAACAUCACCACUGUUAUUGUACCAGUGGCUGUGGUGUUUUUUUUUAUGAUUCUUAUCCGCAGAGCACUGAGUGCCAGCCAAAAGAAAAAAGUCAUCAUAGCUGCCUUAAGAACCCCUCAGAACACUAUUUCUAUUCCCUAUGCCUCCCAGAGAGAAGCUGAGCUUCAUGCCAUGCUGCUCUCCAUGGUUAUGAUCUUUAUUUUCUGCAGCGUUCCCUACGUGACUCUGGUGAUUUACCGCACCAUACUCAACAUACCAGAUAUUUCAGUCUUCUUGUUCCUCACUGCCAUCUGGUUGCCUAAAGUCUCCCUGCUAGCCAAUCCUUUGCUCUUUUUGACUGUAAACAAAUCUGUACGGAAGUGCUUAAUGGGGACAAUAGUGCAGCUACACCGGAGGUAUAGUAGGAGGAACAUUAUCAGCUCUGGGAGUGUUGCAGAUACCAACUUGGAGCCCAAUGUCCGCUCUGGUAGCCAGCUUCUGGAGAUGUUUCACAUUGGGCAGCAGCAAAUCUUCAAGCCAACAGAGGAUGAUGAGGAGAAUGAAACAAAAUCCAUUGGUUCUGGUGACUUUCAGCAGAAGGAAAUCCCUACCACCAGUUUAGAGGUAGAACAGACGUUAGUUCAGAAAUGUCUACAACACACCAUUGCUGACUCAGCUGCUCAGGUGGCCCCUGCCAUGCCAACAGAAGCAGAUCUGGUUAAUGACAAAUAUUCAACGCAGUUUGGCUUUGGGCCGUUUGAGUUGCCUCCACAGUGGCUUUCAGAAAAUCGAAAUAGUAAGAAGCGACUGCUGCCUCCCUUGGGGAAUACCCCCGAAGAGCUCAUCCAGACAAAGCAGCCCAAGUGUAAAGCAGAAAGAAAAAUCAGCAGGAACAAUAAAGUCAGUAUCUUUCCCAAGGUGGAUUCCUAGAAGGAGCAGGAGCUCUGAAUAACAAAGGAAGGCCACUUUCUACUGUCCAUGUGAUCCCAUGGAUCAUUGUUAUGUUGAAAUUUGUUACAGGCUGAUUUUUGUGCCAAAUACAUAAAAACAAAAGGGAAAGAUAUAACAGAAGUGUUCCUUAUGAAUGUAUUUUCAUUAAAUAGCUACUGAUGUCAUUCCUGCUUUAUUUGUACAGUAGUACAGGUCUGAUUCACUUCCAAAGGGUGUGUAUGGCUUUGUGUACAUUUCCUGUGAAACUUUCAUGGUGUGGUCUGGCAGCUGGUUUACUGGGCACUCCAGUGUUUAGUAAAAUGAAAACAUAACUAUUCUGUGUUGCAGCAGCAAGCCAAUAGGCAGGACUUCAGGGAGCACAAAAUAGCUAGGCCAUGCCCAUUCUACACUAAAGUGGACACAGCAAGUUUCUGAGAGUUUCAUUAAUGAAAUAUAAAAAGAUGCCCUUUCUCUUUAGCUGACCUCUUACAGCAAAGUAAAAAAAAAUUGCCAUGUCAGGAACAGCCCAUAGGUUUCUUAUACAUGUUGCUCUCCUCUUCCUUUUGUAGCCCAGUUAUUUUCUCAGUUAAAAUAUGCUCACUUUUGGCCUAAAAAAGAUCAAUUAGCAUGAGGAAGCCCAAUUGCUGGUGUAGGAGGCCCCCCAAAUUGUUUAAAAAUUAACAGAAAAAACUUCUAAAAUAGCCAUUUCCUCCCUUUAAAAACAAAUGCAUUCCUGUAGUUUAAUGAAAAGUAGACUGUAGACCAUGUGAUACAGUUUCUUCCCAAAGAAGCAUGCAUAGAUGUGCUGAGGGCAUGAGCCAAUGGCAGUUAGAUCCCCUGGUGAUGUGCAUGGUGCAUAUGCCUACUGGGUGCAUGAUUUCAGCAUGCUGUAAAUAGCAAAAGAGUCCUGGGUAAAUAUGUGCCUGCAGAGUGGUCUGCUUGUGCCCUCUUCUUUUGACUGUUUUGUGAAAACACAAGGCAUUGCCUUUAUUUGCCUGCAUUUCCCAAGGUGCAGAAAUGGCAAUACCUUACAAAAAAGUGAUGUUGCAGCAAGCUGAUGGUUAGCCUCCGAAUGGAAUAAAUGUAAGUGCCAUUCUUUACCUUUGGUGGGUAUAGGGAGACAGCACAACCUCUAAAUUUCCUUUUAGUGGUGGGCAUAAACCCCAAAUAUGCUAAUUGUAAUUUACACCACUCAUCUCAUACUAGAUCAUCCAAUGUAUGACUUUCACAGCAGAUUUCUACACCUGGUGCCUAAAUCCUUUGUGAAUCAGAACCAAACUGUCCAUUCUAUCAACAAGCUAGUCUAUCUAGGAGUGCUCAGGCAUUGUACUGUAGCUCACCUUCCUCCUUGAUUACAGAUGUAUUGUUUUGCGUAUCUUGAAUGUGAAUUUUAAACUGUGACAGUCUGUAAGACAACCUUAAAACUACUGUACCCCUGGAACUUUAAUCCUUGUUCCGUUGCAAGCAGCCCUUCCUUUCUUCCAUCUCUGCAUUUGCUAUUGUCUCACACUGUAGAUUAUCAAAAGCACAGAGUGAUGAUACCCUAGUACUCUUUGUGCACACUUGUUCUCCGUCUGUAGUUUAGAUCUUUGGUGCAUGCCAAGCCCUCACCUGUAGCCUGCUGUCUGUUUAGAAAGUAGUUUUCUUUAAAAUGUAUUGUCUAGUUUAAAAUAACUUGCCAAAUCUGACAGCCCAGAGUUAAAAGAAAGAAAAAAUUCUGCCUAGGUAGAGUUUGAUGAAUAACUGUUCUUCCUUAGACACAUCUGAAGCAGGACAGUGAUUUCAGAGAGAGCUAAGGGUGAUUCAUGUCUACAAGUCACUCAAAGCAAACAUUUUAACAAAAAUGUGAAGAGUAGUUUUUAAACUCCAUUGUAAACCAUGUUUCUCAUCCUCUCCUUUUAGGUUUGUUGCUAUGCUAGUUUAGGGAUUCUCAGUCUGGGGGCCAUAACCUCAGAAGGGUCACAAACAGGUCACAACCACCCUGCUCUUCCCAUUUAGCUACAUGGGAAUGGGGUCUGGCGAGUGGAAGGUCCCAGGAUGGAAAAUGUUGAGAAUCACCGUUGGUAGUUAUAUUUUGUAAGUGUUGAUAAAAUAUUACAAUGGAAUGUGUGUUUGUUUUUUCAGAGUUACUAGAUCAGCAGCCUUUAUUAACAACACAUCUAAAAAAGAAAGCUGUCAGCUGCUGCAUCUUCCUUAUAUGCUUUUGGUUAAAUUAAACAUUUGUGGUCUACUUCCUAGUAGGCAUGAGCCAAAGCCAGCAGUCUUCAUCUGAACCUUUCCCCUUUCUCCAAACUUGGGACUUCAGAUAAAAUGGAACCCAGCUCUGAACCUCCCUUGAAAAAACAAAGCCACCCUUGGUUUUGCCCAUUCCUACUUUCACGUUCAAUAUAACAAUGAUAAACAUGGAGUCAAAUUCAAUAGAUUUACACCAGAAAUGAAUUUGGCCUUUUUAAUCCUGGAUUGUUUUGGAGGGUGACCGGGUUUGGUUGUUUUUCAUUAUGAAGACAAACAUAUAUGUUUCCAUUCACACUGAAUGUAUUUAGAAGCUGGCUUGUACUUUUUUCAAACUGCCACUUGGGACACUGCAUUGUUUCAGGAAACAAAUUUGAUUAGGAUGCAUUUUUUACACUUUAAGAAUUGCUUUGGAAUAUAAAUGAUAGCUGGAAACAUUUUAUUUUAGUCAUUUUUGCAGCAGAGUUUAUCCAUUUGAACUUCUGUGAGAAUCAGAGAAAUGUAUGAAAGCAGAUCUUUUGUGUUCAGAGAAGGAAUGAGCCCCUGGAUAGCGCAUAAUACAGAUGCUUUAGUCAGACUAUAAGCAACCAACACUCUGAUAGAACUAUAGUCAAAGAACAAUAAAUAAUUCAGGUGAGUGAUAAUGAGCUAGGGAGUAUUUCACUUUUAGGGUGCUGGAUAGCAGGAUAGAUCACCAGGAACAGUCAUUAUCAUAAUAGGGCUUGUCACUACAUUCUUUCAUCAGGGUGCCUCCUAAAUGUUGGAGCAGGCCCAUGCAUUUACCUAAGCCUCUGCUCUGUACUGUCUAGGUUUUACACCACACUAUUCCAGUCACGAAAGUCUCAGAUCUCUAGCAGAGCCACAGAUAGUCCACCUCUUCUAGGGUUGUCAACAAACACAAACACAUACCUGUGAUAGUUCUUGGGGUACCCAGGACUGUGAGUCACCUUGUUAUGCCCCUGCCUCCAGCAUGAGAGAGACUUUCUUAUACUUACCCAGGUGUCAGCUCCCUGACACCACCAGCCUGUUAGCCACCCAAGCACUCUCCUCUGGGCUGUAGUGUCCAGCCCCUUAUCCACUAAACACUCACAGAAUACCAGGUCUGCUGUCCCCCAUACACACCAGUUUGUAUGAUUCAACUCAGGAUGAGCAUCUUGCUUAAUACUCCAGCACUCAGAUUACUCCUGGGGAAUUCUGCACCACUGUGCGCAUGCAGAAGUCAUGUCCCCUGCAGAUUUCUUUGCUUCCCCGCAGAAAAAUGACUUCCUAUUCCUUUUAAGCUCUUCCCUCCAAGUCUGACAUCUUUCACAAGUAUAGCAGGGUAGGGCCAUCUGAGUCUACAAUAGCUCAUUAACCUUGUGUCACCCUGUGUGGGGUUUGUAUACCUAUUACAGGCUAUUUGUUGGCUUCUGACUUCCAGCUGUGCAAUAUGCUUUCUGAUAACCUGCUAUGAGGAAAGAGCUAACUAUCAGGAGUUCUACCUUCUCCUGAUCAUCAAAUCAAAUGGGAGGGGGGGACCCAAACACCUAUCCCCAUACUGACCAUUGGGGAAAGUAAAGAAAAUUGAAUGAUGGAAAAAGAAGGAAGAAAAGACUGAGGUAAUUUGGGGAGGCAAAGAGACUGAAAGAUAAUCUUAUCCCUUUAAGAAUAACAUUAUAACUCCACAGAAGAAAGAAUACAGAAAAAUCACUCAUAACUCAUAAUGUACGGAAGAAUAAAUCUUUUACAAGGAAAAGUACAGAUUUGAAAACAAUGUCAAUUUCCUGUACCCAAAUACCCCCUGAAAAUAAUGUAAUAUUUAAAUAACAUAUGGGUUUAAAACAAA